GUGGUGCCACACGCUGUGCGGAGCCUAUAUAGUGUUUCCAAUUGAGACCAAGACCUGUUUUCAACUUUCUACCGCCCUUUGUUUUCUUAGCUAAUACCCAUAGAGACAGAAUUGCUGGCCUUGCUCGACCUUAUUGGGAACGAUAAUUGAAUAUUCAAUUUCAUCGGCGACGUGCUGUGGAUACUAAAACGUCUUAUCCAACUCUCUCUCUGGGCGUUCCACGUUAGCCUGCUGAAAGUUAGCUGUUUCGGUCAAGUAUAAUCCUCGUCAGUCUAUCAAGUUCUUGGACAAUGAACAGUUACAUUAAACACUGGAAUCGUUGGAUUGCGAAGACGACGCACAUUCUUCGAUUCGCUUCAGUGUUACAUCGUAUUGAUAUCGCAUCAGUUUCGACCUCUGUGAGCCUUGCACGCCAGUUCUGAUAGCACGACGCUACACGCAUAUCAUCACAUAUAAACAUUCAGCCCUUAUUGUUCCCUCCGCGCAUUCCGCAUUUACCGUAUGGACAAAUAAUGACUGCGGAAACGUUCAAGCUGGGACAGUCUGCGAAGUUGUGGAACUGGUUUGACAGAAUGCGAUUCGAUCAUCAGCGCCAUAGUGUCAAAGAUUCGUGCAAAGUUUAAGUUCGAUCAAGCAGGCGGCAGUGUUGCGGAUAUCACGGCGAUCGCCGAUCCUGCUGCCAGAUGUCUGACGCAGGACGAAAGCCCAGCAAAACGGAGGUGGAACGCUAAAAGGAUGAGGCGACCUGUUUCUUGUUACGUUUUUACUUCAGGAAAUGUGGAAGUCGAAAGGAAAUAUCGCUCGCAUUAUGAAACACACUUUCCCUCCCUCCAAGCCAAUUCCGCAACGGGUCAGGGCAGCCAAGUCCAUUCAGAAUCUCACAUCGGUCGAUACCAUCGACCGCCAGAAUACUAGGACUGGGCUACGAACCCAAUUGCCAUGGCUUCCGGACGGCAACAGCAGUUGCAAAGACAGUAGAGUGGUCGUGACAAGUGGUGUUAAUGAUACUAUCCCUGUUUUUGACGACGAAGACGACCGAGAUGAUGCAAUGACUCAAACUUGCGCCCUUGAUCGGUGGGCCGAAUCGCUGCCGCAUAUCGAUAGUGAUGUCAGCGACGACGACGACGACGGCUACUGUUGCCACGAUACUCACGAAUACGCUAAAGCGCUAGUGUUGCCAGCUUCGUCGACCACCUCCGGACUCGACCAAACCCACUCUGGCGUCCAGCCAGAAAAUAUCGUUCAGCCAAAAGAAAACGAAUCAACAAUCAAAGAAGAAAAGAUGCCCAAUAGUCUUGCGGCGGAUGCGGCGCCGCUGGCGGUACACACGACGGCCGGCCGGAUGACUGCCGAGUCUUUGUCUGUCGAGAGUCUGAGCCCACUCGUGAUGGAUUGCGGCGUUUACCUGCCGGGUUGCCGACACCGCGGUCGCGCUCUGGUCGUGGCUGAACUGUCCCUCCUACGGAGCCACCUACCGCCCGUCUCCCACUUGGCCCAGCUGGUUGCCUAUUAUCAGACCGUGCCUCGCAAAUCGGCCGCAAAGAACGGACUCAUAUUACUGGUCGUCGGCCGACCGGACCAGUCCAGCAGCGCUUUCGGAUUGAUCGAGCAACUCCUGUGCCAUUUUCACGAACGCCAGCAAAAGUGUAUCGAUGAUGUCGUCAUCUGGAGCGAAGGCGGGGCUGUCCCUGAAACCCAUUUGAGACUAUCUGGUCGAACGUGUGACGUCAUUACGUCGAUCGGUCAGCUGCGCGAGAGGCUGGCCGUGGCGCUUUCGCUGGGCUGCUGCGGUGGUCCCAUUGCUCACAAUCAGCACGACUGGAUCGCGUUCCGCAAGAUUGUGGAGCCUUUCCUCAGUUCAUGCCGUCAGCGAAGUAAAGUUCUGUACCAAGUCAUUAGCUCCGUCCGGAGUCAAAUGGCGACGACCAGUCCGCCUGGCGCACCCUCCAGAUUCAAUCGGCCCUCGAAGAAUUAG